AUGAUGAAUAAUCGAUUGCUGGUAAUUGUGAUGAUCGUGGUGGUCCUCGUGAGACAGUGCUACUCCAGGGAUCCACCGAAGGUGGACAUCCCCGACCAAGGAACAGUGAUGGGUGUGUUCAUGAAGAUGUUCAGAACUCAACGGGUAGUGGCAUAUCUUGGAAUUCCGUACGCCCAGGCACCGACAGGAGAUAAACGUUUCAGUCGUCCGGUGGUCGAUAAUCUGCCCAGUUGGGAAGGGGUUAAGAAUGCGUCCAGCUUUGAGAAGCAGUGCUGGUCGUCACCUCGAAGCAGCCACCGACGGCAUAACCAACUGUUUAUGGAGCUAAUACAGUCGGCCGAAGAAGGCGAAAAGCAGUACGACGAGGAUUGCCUGUUUUUGAAUAUUUAUGUCCCGGACGCUCCAAUGCCACAGGAGGGCUACUCCGUCCUGGUGCUCUUUCCUCCAGGCGAUUUCGACGGUGACACUCCGUUCAUGCUGAAUCCGUUCCAGAUGGUUUUCAAGCAAAAGCUGAUCGUCGUAACCGUACAGUAUCGGCUGGGCAUGUUUGGUUUUCUAACCACCGCCGAUACCGAAGCGCCGGGCAACUUUGGCCUGAUGGACCAGGCGGCUGCCCUGCUGUGGAUCAACCGGAACAUCAAGCUUUUCAACGGAAACGAAGCAUCCGUCACCCUCAUCGGGCACGGAACUGGCGGCGUAUGCGUCGGUUUGCUGCUUACUUCAGGCGAAUGGACAAAUGAUUUCUUCCAGAAAGCCAUCAUCAUGUCCGGCAGUGUUUUAACAGAUUCGAUGGUUAAAAACCCUCAAUCUUACUCGUCGGCACUAGAUGAAGUGGCUAGUAUAUUCGGUUGUAAUCGUAAGCCUACGUCGCAGCUAAUCACAUGCCUACGCAGAGUUCCGGGACCAGUGUUGGCCGAGAAUGCUCCGGCUGUAGACUGGGGACCGGUGGUCGAUAAAGAUCUGAGUAACGUGACUACACCGUUCAUUCCAGAACCUCCAAUAAUGCUAGCUCGCCAGGGUAAACUGAAAAAGGUUCCCUUGCUAAUCGGACAUACCGAUAUGGAAGAAGGUUUGGAUGUAGCGAUGGGAGAUGUUUUAGAGAAUGGAAUAGCAGUCGAAAUGUUUGAGACUUUACUGGGGGAUGCCGUUAUGAUGGAUUUAUCGCAAAUGGAUUUUAACGACACAAUUUGCGGAGGCAACAUGGAGAUUGUAAUGGAUGCCGUUCAAUUCCAGUAUAAUCCGUACCCUCCAACAACGGAUCCGAUGACUUUGAGGAGGCGUUAUAUAGAAUUUGCAACCGAGCGCAAAUUUGUAUCAUCCACGAUUGAGCUCGCGAUGGCAAUGACCGCACUUGCGGACACCUACGUGUAUCGCUUCGACAUUAAGCCCCGCACCGAAGCGGCCUUAAAAGGUGUGCCGGAGUGGAUGGGCGUUCCGCACAACUUCGAGCUAAUCUUCCUCUGGGGUCUUCCGUACUGGCUGAUGCUCGCCGAUCAGAUGCAGUGGGAUAGCGCGGAUAAACGCGUGUCUGACAUCGUGAUGACCCUAUGGGCCAACUUCGCCAAGUACACCAAUCCAACGCAAGUCGGUGUAUACAUCAAGUGGGAUAAGUUCACCAAUGACGAACCGGGAGUGCUGAUUAUCGACCGAUCGUUCAAUAUGAGCGACCACACGACGAUGAGCUUCAAUGCGGUCAAGUUCUGGAAUCACUACUACCCGAGUGUGAUCAACUUCGCUGCGCAGUGCUGCAAUUCCACGUACAACGGCGGCAGUAGUUACCACGAAAUGUUAAGUAGUUCCGUAGUGCAUAGUAUUGUAGUAGCGAAUUUUAUAUUGUUACAAUCAUUUAUUUACAUUCAUACGCAAACCCAUGUAAUCGAACGAGUACAGAAAAAAUUCUUACGUUUUGCUCUGCGCAAUUUGCCCUGGAACGAUCCGAUCAAUCUUCCACAUUACCUAGCUCGGUGA